UAUAAUAAAUUAUGAAGUAUAAAAUAUUAAUUAGAAUUUAAAAUACUGACGUCAAAUUUAAAAUUUCAUGAACUCAAAUCUAUCUGAACAUCUAGUAAAAAUCUAUUAGCCAAGAAAUGUUUUAUUACGAUGACAAAGAUUUAGUGUUUACAACAUCAUGGCAAUCAUUGUCAGUUAAUUCGAAAUUUGAUGAAUCGUUGAAAAAACUGUGGAAUGAAAAGGAAGAUGAAGGGCUAUUUAGGUAUAAAUAUAAAGAAGAAAAUGUAAUUGUGUUGCCUGGAAAGUAUGGAUUUCUUGCAGUUCUGAAUAUUGAUAGAGGUACCAAACGCCGUAAACCAAACAUAUUUACUAGUGUAUUAGAACCUUUUAAUGACAAUUUGUUCAAUUUUACCAAAGUUAAUGAAGGAGAAUAUUUAUUCAAAUUUAAUAAUACAUCAAGUAAUUCUUCUAAUACAGAUGAUAUCUUGGCAAUAAAUACAAGUCCUUUGGGAUACUUUCAUUCGUUAAUUUUACCAAAAAUUAAUAGUAAACUACCACAAAUUAUUGAUGAAUAUAGUUUAAAUAUUGCAAUUCAAUUGUUACUUCUUAGUGCAUCUCCGGCAAUACGUGUUGGAUUUAAUAGUUUAUGCGCUUUUGCUUCAGUAAACCAUCUUCAUUUACACUUGUAUUAUUUACAAUAUAAAAUGUACCUUGAGUAUUGUGACAUAGAAUAUUUUAGUGGUCCUUGUUACAAAAUAAUAGAUUAUCCUUCCAAAGGAUUUGUAUUUGUACUAAAAAGUGGUGACUCGCUGUCUAGUUUUGUCAAAACAGUUUUUAUCAUGAUUAAUUAUCUCCAGCAAAAAAAUAUCCCCCAUAAUAUUUUUUUAACUCGAGCACUAACUAAAGAUUUAAAUACUGGCGAUUUUAAUGACUUAAGAAACUGUGUGAGAGUUUUUAUUUGGGCAAGAAUUUCAUCAGGAGAUAAACGUAUGGAUAAAUUUAAUCCAGCAACUUGUGAAUUGUUCGGACACUUAGUAUUUAAAGAUAAAACUGAGUUUUCUGAGGUUACAGAAAAUAGUGUGACCAAAAUUCUUAAAGAUAUUACAGAAUCUUCAUUUUUAUUAAUUGAAAAUGACAUAAAAAAUUUGUACUUAAACAUAAGUUGAA